AUGACUGUUGAUACGAGAACUGAUGUUAUAGAUCUGGUGGGAAACACUCCGCUGGUGGAACUUAAGAAAUUGCCCAAGGCUUUGGGUAUCAAGCCAAGGAUUUUCGCCAAGUUGGAGCUGUACAACCCUGGUGGGUCGAUCAAGGACAGAAUCGCCAAGUCUAUGAUCGAAUAUGCUGAGUAUGCGGGAGAAAUCCAUCCGGAUAGAACUACGUUGAUCGAACCAACUUCUGGUAACACUGGUAUCGGCUUGGCGUUGAUCGGAGCGAUCAAGGGAUACAGGACUAUCAUCACUUUGCCCGAGAAGAUGUCGAAUGAGAAGGUUUCUGUGUUGAAGGCUCUUGGAGCGGAAAUCAUCCGUACGCCAACGGAAGCCGCGUGGGACUCUCCAGAGUCUCACAUUGGUGUGGCUCAAAGACUGGAGAAGGAGAUUCCAGGCGCUGUUAUUCUGGACCAGUACAACAACCCUAGAAACCCGGACGCUCACUACUACGGUACCGGUAAGGAGAUCCAGGAGCAGCUGAAGAAGUUGGGAAAGUUUGAUGACUUGAAGGCUGUUGUGGCAGGUGCUGGUACCGGUGGUACCAUCUCUGGGAUUGCCAAAUGGCUGAAGGAGCAGAAUGAGGCCAUCGAGAUUGUAGGCGCAGACCCAGUGGGUUCGAUCUUGGCGCAGCCACAGUCUUUGAAUGACGCCUCGGCUCCAAGUUACAAAGUGGAAGGUAUCGGUUAUGAUUUUGUUCCAAACGUCCUGGACAGAUCUCUGGUAGACAUCUGGUACAAGACCGAGGAUAAGCCAGCGUUUAAGUACGCUCGUCAGCUGAUCUCGAACGAGGGUGUUCUGGUUGGUGGCUCGUCCGGUAGUGCGUUCAGCGCAUUGACCAAGUACGUCGAGGAUCGUCCAGACUUGACCGAGCAAGAUGUGAUCGUGCUUAUCUUCCCGGACUCCAUCAGAUCGUACUUGACUAAGUUCGUCGACGACGAGUGGCUGAAGAAGAAUGAGUUGUGGGAUGAUCAGGUGCUUGCUCGUGUCAGCCAGGCUUCUACAGUGACUAAGAAGGAUCCUUUCAACGGCGCCAUUGUCAAGGACUUGAAGUUGAAACCUGUCGUUUCGGUCAAAGAGAGCGCAACUGUCGCAGAAGUUAUCAAGCUUUUGAAAGAGAACGCGUUCGAUCAAUUGCCUGUUCUCUCCAAAGAUGGCAAACUAACCGGGCUUGUCACGCUGUCCCAGUUGCUGAGAAAGGUCUCCAACGGUACUUCCCUCGAAGACAGCAUCAAAGGCGUAUACUUCGAUUUCAAAAAAUUGAACAAUUUCGAUGAGGUGUCCUCCUACAACGACAACAAAUCUGGAAAGAAGAAGUUUAUCCAAUUCACUGACAAGUCCAAAUUAUCGGACCUGAACAAAUUCUUCGAAAAGAAUUCUUCUGCGGUUAUCACUGAUGGUCUGACGCCAAUUCACAUUGUUACCAAGAUUGAUUUGCUGAAUUACUUCGCUUAA